AUGGACGCGGAGAGCGCCGGCGGCCGAGACAGCGCUGCAGGAGCAGGACCAGGAGGAGGAGGAGGUGGACAGGGGGUCUUCGUGUCCGCCCUCCCUCCCUAGGUGAGCUCCCGGAUUUUCGGCGGCCUGGACGUGGAGAGCCUGUGCCACGCGUCUUCGGCGUGCAAGGGCUGGCACUGCGUCAUCGAGGCCAACGGGCACCACUGCCUGGCCGUGCGCUGCCGGCGCGAGAUCGACUGCGACCGCGGGAAGGACUAUUCCUGGAAGAUCACAUUAUUGAGAAAGUACCGGAAAAGCAAGGUGAAGCAAGAAUGGCUGAGAGGGAAAUAUAGCAACAUUCCUUCACAACAUAACUUACCAGAGAAAAUCAUGUAUCCCAUGGACAUUGACACAUGGGGAGAAAUCUUGGAAGCAGAACUUGAAAGAUAAGAAACCAGUGCUGAUUCUUGCAACUCAAAAACCUUUUGCCAAUGAUGCACAAACUGUUUGGCAAUUGUCAAACUGAUUUUGAGUGAUUUUUAACUGAUUUUGAACUGAUGAUGAAAGUUUCUCAGAAGUAGUUACGGGUGACUUUUUCUUUGCAGUUUAUCAUAUUAAUUUUAUGUAAAAUUCUAAAUAAGACUAAAUGUUCAGUUGUAAUUUAUAUUUAUAAAUUUAAUACUCUGCUGUAUUGUCAAAAAUAUGCUGAUUGUAUUUUCAAUUUGCACUUUUUCUUUUGAAAGAGAUGACUUUUAUUUAAAAAAAGAGAGGUAUGUUUCACUUGAAGUGUAUCUUACCAGCAGCACAAGAACCCACAAAGGAAGGCUGGGUUAGGGACAAAUACAGACACUGGAAAGAAAAGAAGAUGACAAGGUGGGCACCUCACUAUCAGCUGAACAUUCCCAGUGUCCACCUCAAGGGACAAAGUCCUCAGAAGGAUCUCUAAACUUGCACCCCGGUUUUUGGCACCAACUUGCAAAACUGCUGCUAGUAAAAGAGGAUGCACCUGUCAUGUUAUCUAACAUAAAAGUGACCACAAAUUCAAUUUAUUACAAUUGUCUUUGACUAUCACCUUUCCCUACCUUCUUUGCACUAAA